GAUGAUGGAAGAUUGUUUGUUGAAGAAAAUAGAAAUCAAUGUCUCAGAAGCAGAGAAACGAACUGGACGAAAUGUCAUGAACAUACAAGAAACAUUCACAGCUUACCUGGUGGAAACAAGGGCUGUGGAGUUGCAGGGUGAAGGUCACUGUUCCCCCCCAGAUUCUCUUUGGAGACGAUACAGUGAAUUUGAGUUGCUGAGAAAUUAUUUGCUAGUUAACUAUCCUCAUGUCAUUGUUCCCCCAUUGCCAGAAAAACGGGCAGAGUUUGUUUGGCAUAAGUUAUCAGCUGAUAACAUGGAUCCAGAUUUUGUGGAAAGACGAAGAAUUGGCUUGGAAAAUUUUCUCUUACGUGUGGCUUCACAUCCUAUCCUUUGCCAGGACAGAAUUUUUAAUGCAUUUUUAACCCAGGAAGGUGGAUGGAAGGAAAUGGUGAAUGAAACAGGGUUUCAGCUGAAGGCAGAUUCAAGAUUAAAAGCUCUUAAUGCAACAUUCAGAGUGAAAAAUCCAGACAAGAGGUUUACAGAAUUUAAACACUACAGUGAUGAGCUGCAGUCUGUCAUAUCACACCUUCUGAGAGUCAGAGCUAGAGUAGCAGAUCGUUUGUAUGGGGUAUACAAAGUUCAUGGGAAUUAUGGGAGAGUUUUCAGUGAAUGGAGUGCAAUAGAGAAGGAGAUGGGGGAUGGGCUGCAGAGUGCUGGCCAUCACAUGGAUGUGUAUGCAGCUUCUAUUGAUGACAUACUAGAAGAGGAAGAACACUAUGCAGAUCAGCUGAAAGAAUAUCUCUUCUAUUCAGAAGCUCUUAGGGCUGUAUGCAGGAAGCAUGAACUUCUGCAGUAUGAGUUGGAAACAGUUGCUCAGGAUCUGACAUCGAAGAAGCAGCAGAGUGAGGAACUGUCAACAGGAACUGUGAGAACAUUCUCCUUGAAAGGAAUGACCAGUAAGCUUUUUGGUCAAGAAACUCCCGAACAAAGAGAAGCAAGGAUAAAGGUGCUAGAAGAGCAGAUACAUGAAGGAGAAGAACAGCUCAAAGCAAAGAACACAGAAAGCCGAGACUUUGUCAAAAGUGCUUGGGCUGAUAUUGAACGCUUCAAAGAGCAAAAGAACCAUGACUUAAAAGAGGCCUUCAUAAGUUAUGCUGUGAUGCAAAUCAGUAUGUGCAAAAAGGGAAUUCAAGUUUGGACUAAUGCAAAAGAAUGUUUCAGCAAGAUGUGAUGUGUGGAACUGAGUCCUUUUUUGUGAAGUGCUACAGAUCAGAAGCACAAGUGCAUGAACAUGGAUAUUAAAUUGCUACAUUAUUAAAUCAUGGCACCAGUGUCGCUGUGAAAGUAGGGCACGAAGAAUUGGUCUUGUUCCUUGAUAGCCACCUUGUGGCUUGUUUUGCAUGCAGUAUCAAAUUGAAUAUUGUAACUCUCUUGAAGUAAGGCGGUAGGCGAAGAUACAAAUUGGCUCCAGUGAAUUACACACAACUAAACUGUUCACCAUACUUAGACUCUUGAGCCACACUUAGCACUGUAGAAAUCAUUUCCAGAUUACCUUUUGUCAUAUCUUUUUGUUUCAUAUAUGUAAUUCUAGAAUAGAUGCUGCUUUUGUUAAAUUGUCUACCCGCCUCUCCCCCCAAAAAACAAUUGUGGCACAAAAUCAUAUUUUCAAGGUUUCAAUCACAUGCAUUAUAUCACUGUGAAGAAAUUUUAUUUUCUAGAGGUUAGCUUAAUCUCUGUAUCGAAUUUGAUACCCUGUACGGUUGGGGCAUUCUGUACAGUACUUUCAGUGUGACAUUUCUGUAUUAGACAUUUAAAAUUAAGAGGACUCCAUUUUGAUAAUUUUUAUACCUGUCAACACACAAGGCUGCAUAUUAGCAAGCGGAUACUGUUACUGACCUCAGUAAAAAUGCUUAAAACCAGCUUUAAAUUUACACUGCAGCAUCUACUAUAUGAGGAAUAUUUGGUUCUGGAUUAAUAGUUCUCUUUAAGGCUAUUAUGCUGAGCAUAAAAAUGUUCCUAUAUAGUACUAAUGGAAGUAGUUUCCAGAAGAGUACUAUGGAUCUGGCAUGGUUUUAGUUUGUGUUUGCAGCAACAUACAUGUGAAUUCUUAUUUACAUGUCUUAGCAUUAAUUUAGUUUACUGAACUUGUUUUGGCUUCACUGUUUGGAAGGGAAAUGGAAAGAAUGGAUUAUUUGGUGUCCACUGAUAUAGAUAGUAUGUUCAUGAGCAAGGUCUCUCUUGUUAGAUUUGCUGAACUUAAAAACCCAUUGAUUCUCAGCUAUAAGAAAGAACUUGCAUGCUCAUUUUGCAUAGUUAAAUUUAAACCUGUCACUUCAGUUAAAUUUGGAAUCAAGCUAGACAUAAUUGCAGAAAAGCUGCUGGGAGAUUAACGGUUCUUAUUUCUUAAGUACACAUUUAAUUAUUUUGGACAAUAACACCUUACUAGUUUACAUACACCAGAAAUAAACUCUUAAAGUUAUUUCUGAUAUUUUUCUUUUUAAUUCCUAUGAACAGUUCCAUCUUCUCUGCUCAGUGCAGAGAAUCUAGUUAAAAUAGAUUAAUCUAAGCCCAGUCAUUCCAUUUCCAAUAACGGAAAUCUAGAUCCUAAAACUGGUAGACUAAAAACUUGUACAUUCCAAAAACAAUAAGCAGCUACAAAUUUAGAUUUUCUAGUAAACUUCCUAGAAUAGUGUGCCUUAAUUUAAUACCACUGGGCACUUGGAGUCAGUAUUUUCCAUGCACUUGGUCUUCUUGGUGCCUUUCUCCCCAGCCCCUGAUUUUAUAUGCUGUAUAACUUAAAUGUAUUAGUAUGCCUUUUCUUGCUAAUUGUGUUAAAUUUGAGAAAGAAUCAAUAGGUUCUUGUAUGCUUUGUGCCAAAUAUGCUAAAUAAAAUUACACUUUAUUAUUU